UCCGGCCACUAGGCACUAGCUAGACUUACACUACUCUAAUCGUCUACUCCCCAGUCCUCCCGCGCGCCCCCGUGUGGUGUGGUUAGGGCGCGGCGUUGCCAUACAGCCUUCCCGGCUUCCCGCUAUAUAUACACACCCCAACCCUUCACGCCCUGCACCACACUGCCUGCCCCUGCCAGCCUCAUCAUUCCCACACUCUUCACCAUUUGCAUCGACAAAACAGGGUAGAAACCGAGCUGACCUCUGGUGAGCUUGCAGUAACCAUAACAACAAACAGUCCACGUAGGAAUAGUUUGUGAAGUUGGCUUGCCACAGUAUUACGUACGUAGAAGCAGCAGGACGAGAUGGUGUUCCCCACCACCCUCCCCAAGGUGGCCGCGCAAUGGCUCUUCACGUUCUACCGCGCCGUCAGGAAGCUCAGGCGCCAGCUCUACUACCGCAAUACCGCCGCCAAGCAGUCCUCCGUCUCGCAGUCUCAGGGCGCCGCCCAUAAGGGCACCGGCAUCAUCCCUGAUGCCGCCGACCGGACCGUGGUGUGCGACAUGCACGGCGCGCUGCUGCGGUCCACCGAGCUGUUCCCCUACUUCAUGCUCGUCGCAUGCGAGGGCGGCAGCCUGCUCCGCGCCCUGCUGCUUCUCUGCUCCUUCCCGCUCGUCUGGGCCCUUGGGGAGUGCGGCGGCGCCGGGGUCAGGGUGAUGGCUUUCGUCACCUUCGCGGGGCUCAGGCCCAGGGAUGUGGACCUCGUUGCUCGCGCCGUCAUGCCCAAACACUACAUGGAGCAGCUCAACGCGCUGGUGUACGACCGCCUGUGGCUGCCGGCGAGGAGGAAGGUUGUCGUCACCAGCGUGCCGAGGGUGAUGGCGGAGUGGUUCUUGAAGGAGUACUUGGCCACCGACGCCGUGAUCGGGCCCGAGAUGCAGGUGGUCAGGGUCGGACACGGCCGGUACUUCACGGGUUUGUUGUGCGGACCCGUGCUAGAGCCGGAGCUGAAGCAGAACUUUGUGAGGGAGGCGUUGGGAGCAGACGGCGCCAUGGCCAACGUGGGCGUCGUCGGGAGCUCCAACCCGCUUGACCACCUCUUCGUCCCCUACUGCAAGGAAAUUUACGUCGUGAGCAGCGAAAGCGCAAAGAGCGCCAGGCUGCCGCGAGACAAGUACCCGAAGCCACUCAUCUUCCACGACGGCCGCCUCGCGUUCCUCCCCAUCCCCACCGCUAUGCUCUCCUUCUUCCUCUUCCUGCCGCUCGGCGUCAUCCUCUCCGUCAUCCGCAUCAACAUCGGCAUCGUUCUCCCUUACAAAAUCAACUUCCUAGCUGGCGCGCUCUUCGGCGUCCGCUUCCGCACCUCCGGCCUCCGCGUUCCGCCGGCCGGCAGCAUGCGCAGGGGCGUCCUCUACGUGUGCACGCACCGGACACUGGUCGACCCCAUCAUGCUCACCACAGCACUGCAGAAGCCCGUGCCUGCCGUGACGUACAGCCUCAGCCGGCUGUCCGAGAUGAUCGCGCCCAUCAAGACGGUGCGGCUGACGCGCGACCGCGCGCGGGACGCCGAGACGAUGUCGCGGCUGCUGCAGCAGGGCGACCUCGCGGUCUGCCCCGAGGGCACCACGUGCCGCGAGCCCUACCUGCUGCGGUUCAGCCCGCUGUUCGCGGAGCUCGCCGACGACAUGGAGCCCGUGGCGCUGGACGCGCAGGUGACGACGCUCUACGGCACGACUGCGAGCGGGCACAAGUGGCUGGACCCCGUGGUGUUCUUCGCCAACCCGGUGCCCUCGUACAGGGUGGAGUUCUUGGGCCCCGUGCCGCGGGAGUGGACGCGCGCCGGAGGCAGGAGCGGCGCGGAGGUGGCGAACUGGGUGCAAUGGCGGCUCGGCUCGGCACUCGGGUUCGAGUGCACCGGGCUGACUCGCCGCGACAAGUACAUGAUGCUCGCCGGCAACGACGGCGUGGUCGCAAAGUAGAGGGCGCCGGGGGAGCGCUGCAGCAUGUUGGGUGUGUUUUAUGCAUACACGCUGAGUAAAUUAUAUUUGUCAAAAUUAGUUACUGUAAUUUGCAUGGAAGUAAUGAAUCUUUUGGUUCGCUUGUGUAAAGAAAAUUUGAUUAGCAGCGAAAGCUAGAUAGUCAAGUAGUA